AUGUGGACCCAGAAGUUCUUCUCUCCACCAGAACUGGCCCAAGCAGGAUCAGUGAACUCUUCCUCCUCCUCCUCUUCAUCUGCAGGUCACCUGGGAUUCCAGGAGAGCUUUGUCACACCUGGAGUCUUCACCGUGGCUGAACUCGUCCGAGUCUCCCAGACUCCCAUCGCGGCCGGAACCGGACCCAACUUCUCCCUGGCCGACCUGGACAGCUCCUCCUACUACAGCAUGAGUCCAGGAGCCAUGAGGAGGCCGCUGCCCAGCACCUCCUCCUCCAGCUCUGCCAAGAGGAUAAAGUGCAUGGAGGAGGACGUUGACAGUCCCGGCGAGGAGUCCUACUACCCGGGUCCGGGUCGGUCUCCGGGGAAUGGCGGCCAGGCCGGCAGCUGGCACGACGUGGAACCAGCUGGAUAUAAGCUACGCGGCUCUCUAGCUAGCUCGUUCAUCUCUCGACAAGCCAGCCCCCACGCCCCCCCCUCCGGCCUCCACUUCUCCUCCUCCCCCAUCCUGCAGCAGCCCGCCUCCUACUUCUCCCACCCGGCCAUCCGCUACCACCCACAGGAGACGCUCAAGGAGUUCGUCCAGCUGGUGUGUCCUGACUCCGCCCAGCAGGCCGGACAGGUGGGCCUCCUCACCGUAAGCGCACACACACACACACACACACACACACACACACACA